CCAUCUUAUCAAAUAUUACACCGCCUUCAGUCAUAAAGUGGGGCUGAACACACACUGUUUGCACGCACAGCACUCAGAGGGAUCCGACCAACAGACACACAUUAUCUCACCAGGGAGGUGGAGGAUGUCGAAGAACCCAGUGAUCAUGGAGCUCGGCCUGAAAGCAGCCUCUGAACAGCAGUCUGCAGGUCCAUCUGGUGCCACCGUUAGUUUCCACAACGUCUGCUACACAGUAAAAGUGGGGGGAAACCGCCUGUGUUGGAAGAAGGCUGUGACCAAAGACAUCCUCAUCGACCUCAAUGGGAUCAUGAAGCCCGGACUGAAUGCCAUCAUGGGAGCGACUGGAAGCGGCAAAUCAUCGUUCCUGGAUGUUCUGGCAGCCAGAAAGGAUCCUGCAGGCCUGUCUGGAGAAGUCCUGAUCAAUGGAGCCCCUCAGCCUCCCAACUUCAAGUGUCUCUCUGGAUAUGUUGUGCAGGAAGAUGUGGUGAUGGGAACUCUGACGGUCAGAGAGAACUUCCGCUUCUCAGCGGCGCUGCGUCUGCCGUCAAGCAUCUCUCAGAAACAGAAGGAGCAGAAAGUGAAUGAUCUCAUCCAGGAACUGGGACUGAACAAAGUGGCUGAUUCCAGGGUUGGCACUCAGCUGAUUCGUGGGAUCUCCGGCGGAGAGAAGAAGAGGACGAAUAUCGGCAUGGAGCUCAUAAUAGACCCGCCUGUCCUCUUCCUGGAUGAACCCACCACGGGUCUGGAUGCCAGCACAGCCAACUCUGUACUGCUGCUUCUCAAAAGGAUGGCAAAGCACGGACGCACAAUUAUCCUGUCCAUCCACCAGCCUCGAUACUCCAUUUUCCGCCUGUUUGACCGCCUCACCCUGCUGGUCAACGGAAAACAGGUUUACCAUGGGCCGGCACAGAGUGCACUGGAGUAUUUCUCAGACAUCGGAUACGUCUGUGAGCCCCACAACAACCCAGCUGACUUCUUCCUGGAUGUUAUCAAUGGAGACUUAACUACCAUGGUCGUGGACAAAGAGGACUUGGAGCUCGACCCAAAGUCCAAGCAGGGAAUAGAGGAUAAACUGGUUCAGGAAUACAAGAGCUGCAGCAACUUCAAACAGACUGAAAGAGAGCUGGAAAGGAUCAUUUAUGGUAAAAUGUCAGCUGCCUCCAGUCCCACCAGAACCAUCACCUACAACACCAGCUUCCUAACACAGUUCAGAUGGGUCUCUAAGCGGAUGGUGCGCAACCUCAUACUCAACCCUCAGACCUCUGUCGCACAGCUGGCAGUAACCCUCUUCCUCGCUCUGAUCACAGGAUUCAUUUUCUUUGACGUGCAAGAGGAUCGGAGCGGAAUGCAAAACAGGAUGGGUGCGCUAUUCUUCAUCACAGUCAAUCAGUGUUUCAGUUCCCUUUCAGCUGCCGAACUCUUCAUUGCAGAGAGAAAACUUUUCAUUCAUGAAUACAUCAGUGGCUACUACAGGCUCUCCGUUUACUUUCUGUCCAAGAUGCUGUCUGACAUCAUCACGCUGAGGACCAUGCCCGCCAUCAUCUUUAGCUGCGUGACGUACUUCAUGAUUGGUCUGAAGCAGACAGUCACCGCCUUCUUCUGUUUCAUGUUGAGCGUGAUGCUGGUUAGCUACACGGCCACCUCUAUGACUCUCGCCAUCUCAGCUGACCAGACCGUGGUGGCCAUCGCCAACAUCUUCAUGACCAUCACCUUCGUCUUCAUGAUGAUCUUUGCAGGUUUACUGGUGAAUCUUCCCUCCAUCGCCAGCUGGCUAGUGUGGCUAAAAUACUUCAGUAUCCCACGAUACGGCUUCAGUGCUCUGCAGAUUAACGAGUUUGUGGGGUUGAGAUUCCGAAUGGACCCAAAUGACACCAUUUACACAGGGGAACAACAUCUGAUGCAACAGGGAGUGGACUACUCCACCUGGGGCUUCUGUCAGAACCAUGUGGCUCUGGGCGUCAUGACCAUCUGCUUCCUCACCAUCGCUUACCUCAAACUGCACUUCAUCAAGAAGUUCACCUGAACCUGCACCUGUCCACCAACCACAAACUGAGCCUCACCAAAAGGGUCCCAAACCAUCAAACCAAGACCACCAACAUUAAACCUUGAUGGAAGUCCAUCUUCUCUGGCAACAGCACCAAAUCCUAGACCUGCUAUCAAGCAAUGAGGUCUGAAUACCUCUUGGAACUGGAAAAUCAACAAC